AUGGGAAGGAGGUCUAUAAUGCUUUUGCUAGCAAUGCUGGGUUUGAUUGUUAUUAGUGGUAGUGAAGCAGUAGAUGUAGAUGUGAAUGCUAAAGCUAAGAAACAUUUUUUGGAAAUUGGUAACAAGUUGAAGCUUCUCAAUAGGCGUGGAGUGAAGAGUAUUAAGAGUGAGGAUGGAGACAUUGUGGACUGUGUUGACAUCUACAAACAGCCUGCUUUUGAUCAUCCAGCAUUGCAAAACCACAAAAUUCAGAUGAGACCUAGUUUUCAAUUUGCAUCACAGGCUCCUAGUCCUAGUCCUACUCCCGGUCCGAGCAGGAGUCCGGUACAAAAUGAUCAUUAUUCAUCUCAGCUUAUCUCUCAAUAUUGGCAAAGGAGUGGAAGCUGUCCAGAUGGAACCAUUCCCAUUAGAAGAAUCCGAAGGCGGGACUUGCUAAGCGCUGCUUCACUUGAACGCUUUGGGAUGAAAAACCCAGCACCAAAUUCCUACUCAACCAAUGAUGAUAUAGGGACCGUGUACAUUAACAAAACCAGAGUGGAUCUUGGUCCUCAAAUCAAUCGUUCUGCUGCGAUUCUUGUGACUACUGGAUACAGUUACAUAGGAGCUCAGGGAGAUAUAAAUAUUUGGAAUCCAAAAGUCGAGUCACCGGAUGAGUACACUACUGCUCAAAUCUGGCUUAAGAAUGGACCUGGAAAUGCCUUUGAAAGUGUCGAGUCAGGCUGGAUGGUAAACCCAAAGUUGUAUGGUGAUUCAGCUACUCGACUUUUCGUAUAUUGGACAGUGGACUCAUACAAAUCAACAGGAUGCUUUGAUCUAACUUGCUCAGGGUUUGUGCAAACUAACACAGACAUAGCCCUUGGUAUGCCCCUAGGACCCGUAUCAAGUGAAGGAGGACCCCAAUAUCAAACCACUUUCAGCAUCAACAAGGAUCCAAACACAGGCAAUUGGUGGCUACGUUUGGGUCAAAACGUCCCGGUAGGAUACUGGCCGCCAAGUCUCUUCUCCUAUAUGAAACAAGGUCCUGCAACAUUGGUUGAAUGGGGUGGGGAGGUGUAUAGCUCCAAGGUGAAGAAGACUCGUCCACACACUGCAACUGCAAUGGGAAGUGGGAAUUUUGCUUCAGGCUUAGAUGGAUAUGCUUGUUACGUGAAACAAGUGAGAAUUGUAGAUUAUUCAAUGCAACUGAAGUACCCAGAAUGGGUAGGCACUUUUGUAGAUGAAGCAUACUGCUACUCUGCACAGAACUAUGCUCAGUCACUUGCUCAAGAACCUACAUUUUACUUUGGAGGACCUGGUCGUUAUUUUAUGUAUUGCCCCUGA